UUCACGAAAAUUUUGUAAGUCAUCUUUAUUACUUGCCGUAAAAUUAAAAUACAUAACCUGCGAAAGACAUCAAAAUUUGUUAAUAACAAAAUGAUUAAUCCUACCGAUUCGUUUGGCGCUCCUCCUUUAUGGAAGAAUGGGCCCGUUCCCGGCGCUUUUUAUAAUUUUCCAGGAUCUAAUGUUGACAAGCAACAUAUAAGCCAACAUUCGCAGGCCCCUGUUACAACGGCAACAUCAGUAAUUGCGUUCGCUUUUAAUUCGGGAGUGAUAAUUGCCGGUGAUUUACUGGCAUCGUAUGGAUCACUGGCUCGUUUUCGCGAUUGCCCGAGGAUAAUGAAGGUUAACGACAACAUUAUUCUGGGCGCCGGAGGUGACUAUGGCGACUUUCAGUAUGUCAAAGAUUUUAUUGAACAGAAAGUCAUCGACGAGGAAUGUCUCGAUGACGGUUUCAAACUAAAACCGAAAUCGUUAUACUGUUGGUUAACCAGAAUCAUGUAUAAUCGAAGAAGUCGUUUUGACCCGUUCUGGAAUACAUUUGUCGUUGGCGGCUUACAGGAUGGCGUGCCAUUUUUGGGCACCGUCGAUAAGUUAGGUACAGCGUACGAAGAUAAGGCCAUCUGCACUGGGUACGGAGCACAUUUAGCACUUCCACUUAUAAGAGAUGCGCUUGACAAAAAUCCUCUUUUGUCAGAAGUCGAAGCUGUAGCACUAUUGAAGAAAUGUAUGGAAGUGCUGUACUACCGAGAUGCUAGAAGCUUCCCAAAAUAUCAGAUUGGGAUCAUAACUGAGGAUGGGAUAAAAAUUGAGGGACCAAUUGAUGUUAAUCAAAAGUGGGAGUUGGCGCAUAUGAUACAUUGAAGUGUUUUUUGUAUUAUUUUCUUAUCUAAAUUAAAGAAAUUUUUUGAUUAUCAA